AAUAACCUUUAUAAAAGUCAAGGAUAUGUUGAAAGUCUUCGUAUUCGAGUGCAAAGUAAACUAAAUUUAAACCUGCUGGGAAUGAACUUGUGUCGUAACAUUAAGUUAACAAUGUUUUUGAACAAAAUUAACAUGAAUGCUCUAUGGCGCUGUGUUGCAAAACCUGUAUUAACGAAUAAUAUAAGACAGGAAGUUUUAAAGAAAUUCAUGAGUACGACUAUCUGUUCAAAAUAUAUAGGUAUAACUUCGUUAGUACCGAAACAAUGCCAAUAUUAUUCGCCUUAUAAUACGAUUCGACAUAAAUCAAAAAAGCAAAGCGCCGAGGAGUCAGAUGAUGAAGGAGAUACAUUUGAUGAUGACCCAUCUUUGACAAGAGAUUCAAAAAUAGUGAAAUUCAACACCACAUCAUUACGGUCAGACUUGAUACUAAAAACAGCAUUAGGGGUUGCUAGAAAUAAAAUAGAGCAAUUAUUCUAUGAGAGUAAAAUUAGAGUCAAUGGAAAAAAGAUUGUAAAGAAAAGUCUUUCUGUAAAAAUAGGAGAUGAAAUUGAUAUCAUAAAGGCUGUAAGCCCUAAGAAUCCCAGUCAUUUGUACAUUUCCCGUAUUGAAGUGAUGAAUUUAGCUGCAAAAGAAGAAACCAUUGUGGUGACUGCACGGAGAUUUAAAACAUUGCUCAUUGAAAAUUAUGAAACUGAUCCUUACAAAGGCACUGCAAAUGAAGAAUAGAUUAUAUAAAAUAAGUUAGUAGUUUCUGUAAAUAAAUUAUGUUGCCAAUGA